UUCUUGCGGAUUGGUUUCCCGUUCUUGGGGUAAUCUGCGCGCAAUGCGGGACGGGCGGGCGGCAUCGACCCGCAUACUCCUUUCGGACAACACGUGCGACAAGCCAUAGAACCAACCAGAGCGACGAUUUCGCAUCUGCCGUACUGCCGCGUACACCACGUCACAACUGGCACCCCGGCACUGCGGCACAUGGAAAACUCUGCCGGUCGUACGAUCAACUCAUCUCGCCUGACCCAUCCUCUUCCUGAAAGCGCACAGUCCAGCGACCCUGCGGAGAACGGUGGUCGUUCUUUUAGCCGCAACCAGCAUCUGGUAUCUCAGCAGUAUAUACCCCCAUGCACCACCAUUUUCUUUCGCCACAGCGGCAUCCUGGGAUCUUUUCGGCGUAACUUAUCGGGAUACAAACAUCACAUUGGGGAAUCAUGCAUAGACUUGGGCACAUUUGCUAUUCAGAGCUUCGUUGCUCGCUCGCUUGAUACCAACCGCGCCGGAGCAGCAUGCUGCUCUACGGACCGUUUUCUUCUGUAUCUUCGGAGCAAUUUUCAUUUGUUGUUUAUUCAGAGACAUAGCGCAGCGCAAGGAACGCAAAAGUCGCUGUCACGAAGCCAUGACUCGCAGGGGAGGCACGAGUCUGGAAUUCGGACUCUGUUCUGCUUUGGGUGGCUAUCUAUUGAUUUUAUCUGGUCGUUUUCAUUUGCUUUGAUGUAGCGUGCGGGCAUCCUUUGAGCGGCAUUUGUCUUUUUUUUUUCUUUUUCUUUAGCCUGAUUCACUUCUUCUGGACGAGGUUCCAGCGAUCGACUGCCUUGACGCGGUCGGUCUUUUAUACUUUGGGUUUUAUGGCGGGCGAACGACAUGGAUAUGUCGGGCCUGGGGCAUGGAGAAAAGUUUUAAGAGGGAG